AUGUCCCACACGUACAAGUCUGAGUACCCUUCGGGUCUUACUACAGACCCCGAGAUUGUCCAGUUUUUCGAGGACUUUUACAAGACCUCUGACACGCCUGGCGCCCACGACCAAUAUGUUGACCUCUUCGCAAAGGACGCAACCUUUAUACUAGCCUCUAAGCAUUGUGUCGGGCAUGAUGAUGGAAGUAUCACUAAGAAUCAAGCAGAAAUCACAACGACAAGACAUGGCAUGUGGACCGCUGUCGCCUCCCGAAAGCACUCCAUCCCCAAGAUCUUCCCUUUUGGAAAUGGGACUAAUGAGUUUAUGCUCUAUGGUUCGGUUGCGUUGGGCUUGAAGAAUGGUGCUGAGGCAGAAGUCGACUGGGCGGCAAGAGCUGAGGUGCUUAAAUCCCCCUCAGACGGAAAAUGGAGGAUGUCUUUCUACCAAGUAUACCUGGACACUGGAGCUACAGCUGCCUAUGCUAAGAAAUGA